UCAUUCGCACAUUGCUGAUUGCACACAUGCACAUUACUUGUGUUGUUUACUGAAAACCUGUGCUGAUAUCACGCUGAAAACCUUAUGUAAAAACCACACAUGACUGGUUUUUUUAAUUUUUAUAUAAAUUCUUACACUGAAGAAGAGACUUAUACUGAGAGAUAAUUUGAAUACAAGACUUUAGAAGUGACUUUCAAAAUGAGUUUAGAAAAAAAUGAUAUUUUAUUUCUUUGCAAUUUUGAUGCAGAAAUUAGUGAUUCAGAGCCUGUAUUAUUAAAAAAUCUUUGGAGUGGUCAGUGGUAUGAAGAAAACGUGAAUUUAUGCAAAGAAUUAAUAUCUAGCCAGGAUAAUGAUGAUAUGAAGAACUUAUUAAAACGUUAUAAGGACGAUGAAAAUAACUUACAUGCUAUCUUUCAAAUGGGUGUUGGUGCAUUACUUACUUUUUGUGAAAAAAAUUGGAAUCCCCACCCAAAAGAAUUUAAUUUGGAAGAGUUUUUCAAAACAGAAUGGCCGAAAAACAUAAAUGUAUCUACACUAUUGCAGACUGAUUCUGAGCCAAUGUACAAUAAUAUUGUUUAUCCAGAGCUCUUAUAUUUCUCAAUACAGAUAUUUUCUGCAUUGUGCCACAUUAAUUCCGAUAUGCUAUACAACUGGUGGUUACUUAGAAGUAAAAUUGUUCACCAAAGAGUAUUGGAAGACAACAGUGCAAGUUUAUUCAUUGACAUAGAUUUAAUAGCCGCUAAGCUAUCUAACUUCUCGUUAAAGUUAUCAGAUCGUAACCUUCUUAUAUUGCUCAACUUAGAAUUGGCGCAAGCAUAUUUAGUGUAUGAUAGGAUACAACAGGUGGAAAGCCAUCUUCAAAGGGCAAUGAAAAUUGCUGGCUUGAAAUUGGAAUUGACGGGUGUAUUGGGAAAAAGAACAAAGUUCCAACAGAAGGCAUUACCGCAAUUGGCUCUUACCAGUGAACUUGACACCAACAUAGAGCGCACACCGGCAGAGGAAACUCACGGGAAUUCAGAGCUACCUCCUGAUGUGGAACUGCAGGAUGAUGUGCGGCUGAAUAAGAUCGCUUUUAACGAAAAGAUCAAUGAGGCAGACCUGCCUAGUCUGGAGCAGACAUUGUGUUUGUUGCAUGCGCAAUACCUCCUAAAAUCGCAGCCCAAAGACGAUCUUCUACAUGAAGAGCUACGUCCAUACAUUGAUGCGGUGAACAACCAGAAGAGUGGCCCGUGGUCCACUCGAGUAGCGGCUCUAUUGUUCCGUUGUAAGCUGGAAGCUAAACAUAAGAGAAGUGUGGAGCGAGCCAUGCUGCAGUGUGAGACUAUUGUUAACGAUAAGACUGGAGUGACUCCUACUAAUCGCCUUUCUUAUCUAUGGGCGUCUGGCCUAUCGCCAGCGUGGACCUGGCGGCAACAGUUGGCCGAUUUGUAUCUCAGCCUGGGUCUAGUGAAAGCGGCGCUGGAAGAAUAUCUAAAAUUGGAACUCUGGGAGGAUGUCAUUGUUUGUUAUACUAUGUUGCAGUUGAGACAUAAGGCUGCAGAAGUAAUUCAGCAACAAAUAGAUAUAAAUCCAACCGUGAAGCUAUACUGCCUUCUUGGAGAUGCGACUGAUGACGUAAACUGCUAUCGAACAGCGUGGGAGUUCUCCCAACAAAAGAGCAGCAGAGCUCAAAGGCACUGGGGUAAUUACCUGUUUGAUCGCAAACAGUAUGCAGAAUGCUUGCCUCAUUUCGAGAAGUCAGUUGAAAUCAAUCCUUUACAAGAAAAUGUCUGGAUGAGGAUGGGUUUCGCCGCACUAUCAACAGAGAACUGGGAGAAAUCAGCCACAGCGUAUAGACGAUAUACAUACCUGCAGCCGAAUUCGUUCGAAGCAUGGAACAACUUGGCCAAAGUUUACGUGAGCCAGGGAGAUAAGCAUAGGGCUUAUAGGGCCUUGAUGGAAGCUGUCAAACUUAACUAUGAUAAUUGGAAGCUAUGGGAGAAUGUGGUACUUGUGAGCGCAGCGGUUGGCCAAUACGAUGACGUCAUCCGCGGGAUCCACCGGAUCCUGGAUCUGCAGAACAAGUUCGAUGAUGUGGAAGUGUUAGUGCUGUUGGUGCGUGCGAUUGUGACGGCUGAUGAUGGUGAUGAACAAAGUAACGCUAGAUUGCAGAACCGUGUUCUUCAACUAUUUGGUAGAAUAACAUCAGUGCAUCCGAACAAUGAAAAGAUAUGGCGGUUGUACGUUGACAUCAGUCCUACAUAUUUGCUAAAGGCUCAGCGACUGCUUAGAGCUUAUAGAUGCGCUACGCAGAAUGGAAACUGGACGAACGACCCAGCACAGUGCAAGAAAGUGAUAGCCCUAACUCGAGACUUACUUGAAUACAGUGUGAAAGGGCGAAAGGAAGCUUUGGAUAAAGAAAUACUUCAAGCUGAUCAGCAACUGUCUUCCGCACGGUUAACAGCACAAGCGGUUAUAAGGGUCAUUGAAAGGCAAAUAUGGCCGGAUUCCGAUCUUGAAGAUUUAAGGGAAGAAUUUCGUAAUACUACUGAAUAUAUGAAAUCUGUAAUGUAAA